AUGGCUGGGUCGACUACAAUGGCGUCGUACAGCCACACGGCGCCUCCAUCGCAGGAGAACAACAGUACAAUGACGCCUGUCAGCCAACCUCAGAUUCAAUGGUCAACCAUCACACCAUCACCCGCUGCUGUGGAAAAAUUGCGCCUGUUAUGUCACAGCCAGAAAGAGCUGAAGAAUGAGGGCUACGUGAUAACACCGCUGGACGCGCGCCAGAUUGAGGCCAAGUUGAGGUGUAUGAAAUGCGGGAAACGCGCCAGCCGCAAACCAAUCCCCAAGCCCGUUGUCCUCGCUGCCACCACGGCCAACCACGAGAUUCAACAGCCUGGUCCGAGCAAGUUGUGUGAUGUUGCGGUCGGUGGGUGCGGAAAAUCCGGCCACACAACGGAUACCUGCUGGCGUCUGCACCCAGAAUUGAAGCCUAGGAAGAGAGGCGGGAAGAAUGAGCAUAGUGUCAACCUUGACAGUAACAGCAUCAGCACCGACGACACAGCGGAGAGAGCAAAAGGACCAUCAGAUGCCGCCACGACCCAAGCACCAGCAGGCACGAAGACCAGACGUUCCAACCCAUGCCAAUACCACAUCGGACGCGUUCGAGACAAGCACUUUACAUGCUGCAACCGCCACGUCUCGCAACAAGGCUGCAUCGAAGACGAAGACCACGACCUCCCUGCCCCGGACGAUCCCGCAACCCUCCAGAACUGGCAUUUCCACACGACUCCACCAGCAGCAGCCUCAUCUCGAUCUCGAUCCCGAUCCGGCGCCCGUGGUUCCCACGUCCAAGCGAUCGCACUGGAUUGCGAAAUGGGCACUUCGCGGACCUCGGAAUCAGAACUGAUCCGCCUCACGGCCGUUGACUUCUUCACGCGCGCCAUCCUCAUCGACAACCUCGUGACCCCGACCGUGCCCAUGGCUCACUACAACACGCGCUACAGCGGCGUCACGGCCCAGGCCAUGCGCGCCGCGAUCCGCACUCGCACGGCGAUCCACGGCCGCGCCGCCGCGCUCAGGGGUUUGCUCGAGUUCGUCGGCCCGGAGACCGUCGUCGUCGCGCACGGCGGGAGCAGCGACUUCCGUGCCCUGCGCUGGAUCCAUCCGUGUAUUGUCGACACGUACAUCCUCGAGGGCUAUGCGGGUCCCGCUGGGAUGGCCGUUCCUGGGGGAAAGAGUCUGCAGAACCUGUGUCGGUGGAAGUUGGGCAUCCAAGUGCAGGUGAGGGACCGUGCCAAGGGGAAGUUGGGCCAUGAUAGUUUGGAGGACGCGCUCGCGACGCGCGAGUUGGCUAUCCGCUGGGUGGAGAGUAUUCCUGGGGGUGGUGGGUAA